AUGGGAAGUGGCUAUGUACACUCAACGGUUACAUCGAAUACAUGUACAUCAAAUUGGAAUAGUAUUACAUUACUUUAUCACUGCUAUAACAGUUGUCCUUCUAGCAGUCAGUAUGCACAAUAUACAUACGCAUACACAGCUAUUGCUAAUGUAACACGAAUUACAUUUGCAUUACGUAAUGAUUGGCACUUUUUUGGACUGGAUAAUAUAUCUAUAUGGAAUAAUGCAGCACCUAAUACUCAACUUAUUGUCAAUGGUGAUUUUGAGACAAACAAAGUGACGCCAUGGAUCUAUUGCAAUCCAUUUAAUGCAAAUUUUUCUGGAGAAAUAGCAACAGGAAAUGUUUAUGAUCAGGACAAUUAUAAAUAUAUGCCUAAAUCUGGUUCAGACUUUUAUUUUGAUGGAGCUGUAGGAAAUCCCGAUUAUCUUAGUCAAACAUUUGUAACCAUAAUCGGUAAUAUAUACACAAUAUCAUUUUGGUUACUCAAUCCAAUCUCAACAAAUGUUAUUAGUGUUGAUAUUCUAAUGAGUAUUUAA